AUGUCCAUUUCCUCCCUUACCUCCACCAGCGACUCCCUCCACAUCGCCAGGGAGCACUACAGCGUCCCCAUCCCCCCUCGCUGCCUCCCCAGCAUCCCCUCCCUCACUUGCAACGUCCACCUCCCAAGUACUCCCUGGAGGAAGUUCUCUCAUCUCCCUGGAGGAAGUUCUCUCAUCUCCCUGGAGGAAGUUCUCUCAUCUCCCUGGAGGAAGUUCUCUCAUCUCCCUGGAGAAAGUUCUCUCAUCUCCCUGGAGGAAGUUCUCUCAUCUCCCUGGAGGAAGUUCUCUCAUCUCCCUGGAGGAAGUUCUCUCAUCUCCCUGGAGGAAGUUCUCUCAUCUCCCUGGAGGAAGUUCUCUCAUCUCCCUGGAGGAAGUUCUCUCAUCUCCCUGGAGGAAGAUGCAUUUGUCAAGACGGUUAACUUCGGUGUGCUCAUGCUCGUGGUGCUCUUGAAGCAGACGUGCCCGCUUUAUAUGGUUGAUGGGGAGAGCAACCACAUAGUGUUAUGGGUGAAGGCUUUCAUCUCCCACACCCCGGCCCGCCUCAAGGACUUCAGCAUGGACGCCCCUUCUCCAACCCGCCAGGAGGAGGAUUGCAUUUCCUCUGACAACCCGGCACCCCUCAACGAUCUGAGAAUGGACGCCCCGGAUGAUGCUGUGCUGCGCCUGGCCCUGCUGGCCCUCUCCUGCACCGCGGAGCGCACUGCCAGUCGGCCCAGCAUGUCAUACGUUGCCAGUGAGCUGCUUGCUGUGAGGAAUGAAGUGGUGGGAGCAGAGGUGCCGAGUGCUGCGAUCAAGGUGGACGAGCAAGCCAACGAGAUGAAGAAAGCAUAUUCUGUUGUUAGAGGAACAUGUAUUGCUUCCGCACAUUCACACUACGGUAUCAACAUGCAAUUUUGUUAA